UACGACAUUAGGUAUGUCCCUUUCUCUGAGGAGCGGAGAACAUGUCGACCUUCCAUCACAGCAAAGAAGACUUAGACACCUAAGAAGCAUUUCCGCCCGCAAUUUGACUUUAUCCAAUAACGAAGACGUUCUGUUGGACACAUACUUUACUCUACAUGUUCCUGGACGCAGUCAAGAGUUCUAUAGAAGUGAGGUGAUACGUCAGGCAUUGAACCCAGAUUGGGCUGCUCUUGAUCCUCAUUCCAUGACAAAUAAGACCAACACUGCGAUUCCAGCAUUUCAGAUAAAGAUUUGGGCGAUAAUUAGAGAUGACAUUCUACUCACCGUUGAUUGGCUGGUGGAUUUGGGUGCUCUUGUUUACAUGGGAGAUCGGGUUCGUUAUGAUAGUACAACAUGUGGUCCUAAUUCACUGAUAUUUGGCAUGUUUAAUGGCUACUAUGGUGCUCCACCAGAACAUUACUCGCGACUAUCUCGUGAGGCUCUCGAAGCUUCUCUCAGUCUCAAGACCCUUUCUGUCACUAGAUCUUCAACCAAACUCAGUUACACCAAAUGGAACCUCCUAAGCCUUGUAGAGAAAUGUCAACAACUCAGUUGCCUUCGUGGUGACAUAUCGUCUUUGAAAGAGAAAAUUCGACGUCAGACAGAAACAGGAGUUGCCGAUGGCAACAGUCAACGACAACACGAGCUAGCGAGGGUGAGAAUUCGAUUACUAAAAGACGACCACGAUAGACAAGCAAUACAAGAAAGAAGUGAGAGCAUGGCAUUGGAAAGGCUGAAAGGCGCGGUAGCGGAGAAAGCUUCCAGUCUGAAGCAGUCGCGAGUUGAACUCAGCAAGCACGAGACCAAUCUAACACAGAUGACGCAGAUGGUGGCAAUGAAACGUUAUGAGUUGUGUGGAACUAAUGCUCGUAUGAGCUUUCGACGAUGCAGCCUGCUUUGCCAGUUGAUACAGAUAUUUCCGAUACAGAAGGUUGACGAUCAUUGUGUGAUCGUGGGUAUUAAAUUGCCGAAUGCUGGGUCAUAUUCAGGCAGUGAUGAGGAUGCUGUUAGUGCAGCUCUGGGUUACGUCUCUCAGUUGGUUUGCAUAGUUUCUUGCAUUCUCUGUGUGAGACUUUUGCAUCGAAUGACUCCUGGAAGUUCCUUCUCGUUUAUCAGAGACGACAUUAGAAAUGACCUGGAAGGCGAGGAGAGAGAGUUCCAAUUGUUUGCUCGAACAAAAAGUAGAGAACGGUUUGGAUAUGGUGUUUUUCUAGUGAACGACAACAUACGUCAACUUCGACAGAACUGUGGACUGCCUACUAAUGACAUGAGAAUUACACUGCACAAUAUUUUAGAAUUGCUCCAGCUGUUUAGUCAUCACAAUCACCAUCCUGUCCAGUCCCUCGAACGAGACAUUCCCUACUUCACACAACCUCUAGUCCCACCAUCUCUCGCAGACUUUUCAGACCCACCACCACCAUACGAAGCCAUAGCCUCUCAACAAACCCACGAACAUUCCCCAUCAGCAGCAGCAGCAGCAGCAGCAGUAGCAGCAGCAGCAGCGAGGAAUCCUACACAUUGUGAUACGUCCGACAAUAGAGACAACAUACAAAGAGCACGUAAUGCAAUAGUAAGAAAGUCGAGUGUAAGCGGUCACUCAUCAAGCAAUCAAUCAGGCCAAAACGAAGACAACAGAGCGAGGACGGACGAUGAAGAGAAACAAAGAGCAGGAGAGGAACACGUUAGAGUCAACACAAGAGACAUCGCACCAUCACACGAUCCGUUGACUACAGAAAAAUCGGUAGAGACGCAGACUCCUACGACUGCCAACGAUCUUCCCAACUCUGAUUGGACUCUUGAUGACGUAGUUGCAGCAAACAGGGACGAAGGGAAAGAGGAAGUAAGUGGACACAGUCCGAGCUUGAUGAGAGGCAAAACUCGUCUUGCAGGCAUCGGCUUCGGUGCGGCAGCUGCAGCUCGUGGGUUAAGACCAAACAGCAGGCCAAGACAGCAGAGGAAACCGGGCAGGUUUUCUGUCAAUGAUCAAGUAGAGAGGCAAGUCGUCAGCUCGAUAGCAGAGAGGGAGGAUGGUAGAGAGCGAGAAAAGCUUGCGGGUUCGUCAAACAGUGAUGAUGGAACAAGGUGUCUUCACAAGGGACGAGGUGAUGGUGAUGCAUCAGACAGCAAUAGGACAGUUGUGACGACGAGUUAGUUUCUCAAUCUAAUUUGUCGUCAAAUCUUGUAAUUAUUAAUAUCAACUAGUAAUAAUUGAAGGAUAUUAUGUAUGAGACUUCAUUUGUAUGAUGUUGUAUGAUGUAUGUUAGUAUUUGUAUUACACAAGAAAUAAAGGAAAUCACG